CUUCCAAGUCCAGCACCAUGACGAGCCUCAGCGGGCAGCCGUGCAUGCACCGCCUCUGCCCCCUCGCCUCCUCGGGUCCAUUCUACUCCCGCCAUCAUCACAGAUUGCUGCUGUACCUCCUUCUGGUCCUGUCCUGGAAGACCACAGUCUUAACAGGUGCCAAGGGCGUCUCUGUCCACAACGUGACAGUGCCCACGCCAGGCAUUGCCGGCGAGGCAGCGCGGUUGGAGUGCCACUGGAGCCCGGGCAGCAAGGGCUUCUACUCCGUCAGGUGGUACAAGGACGGAGAACAGUUCUACAGCUUCAUUCCGAGGAACCGGCCAGAGGUCAAGGUCGACCAUAACCUCCCCGGAGUCACCGUCUUCUUGUCGGAGUCGAACGAAUACGUCGUAACGCUGCGGAAGAUUGACCUCGCCUCCCAGGGCAUCUACCGGUGUGAGGUCAUGAGUGAAGCCCCGACGUUCCAGACCUCAUUUGCGUCGGCGAACCUCACUGUAGUUGAUGUCCCGGAGGCGCCGCAGCUCACAGGACUCCAGGACAAAUACACGGUGGGCGACACUUUGCACGUCAACUGCACCGCCAGGGACUCCCACCCGGCCGCCCGGAUCACCUUCCGCGUCAACGGCAGUUUUAUUCAUCCCAGCUCGGGCCGCGUGACGGAGUUCCCGACCGAGGGCGGCGUGGCGAGCGGCAACCCCUACGCCCUCAGCACCACGAGCAGCCAGCUGAGCUUGCCGCUGGGCGAGCACCACGUGCCGGCGGUCACGGUGCUGUGCCGGGCGGAGGUGCUGUCCGUCGCCCGCGCCAACUCCACCACGGUGCGCGUCGAGCCUCGCAGCUCCGCCUUCUCCUCUUCAACGCCGGAGUUCCCCGCUGCUGCCCGGGACUGUUGCUGGUUCUUGCCCUUUCCGCUCUUACCAACUCGCUGAGUACCUGUUAGACACCUGCCGGCGAGAGGGCGGGGGGGCGGUUCGGCGCCGUACAGAGUUCGUCAACGCUCUAGUCUGUCCCUCUCUCUCUUGGUCUUUAUAUCUACAGUCGCUCUAUCUCUUCCUCCCUUCCUCUCGCUCUUUCUCUC